ACGUGUAUUCCAGGGUGAACCGCUUGUGCAACAUUUUCGCGGUUCCUGCCAUAAAACCGGUUCAGCAGGUUUUCUGCAGUAGCUCUAGGUCCGUCGCCGCGUGCGGAGCAGUAAGACAGCUGAGGACCAUUCUCUGACGAAAGUUUACUUCAGGAAGUAUGGCUACCGCAAUCGAAUUCAAACUUCCGACGGAGGAACAAAAGGCGCUUGUUCGGCAAAAAGUGGGAACGACUGAGCAAGACAUUCGACAGGCUGUAUCGAGCUUACGCAGCUGGCUGCUGGCACAACCUCAUCUGCCCCACCUGAUAGAUGAUGGGCGUCUGGAACGUAUGUACAUCAGCUGCAAAUGUAGCAUCGAGAAAAGUAAGAAGAUGUUGGACGCCUACUAUACACUGAAGAACAGAUUUCCAGAGCUCUUAUUGAACCGCGACCCUCUGGGCGACGACGUACAAGACAUCAUAAAAUACGUGACUCUGGUAAUAAUGCCGCGUCUCACGGAAGACGGUCACCGUGUUACCUGCCUCACGGACAUUUGUCCCGACGCAACCAACAUGGAGAUGUUCAUGGUGUCUAAAUUGAAACUUAUGGCAACAGAAUAUAUCCUUUCAUUCGACUAUUCUAUUGGUUACAUUAUCGUCAUGGAUAUGAAGAACCUUUCAGCCGCACACGUAAUGAAGAUAGGCGUCCGUGACAUUCGGGCACUGGAAACUAUUGUCAGGAGAGCAUAUUCCCGACGUAUUGUGACCGUACACUUGAUAAAUGCACCGAAGGUAAUUGAUAUGUUACUUUCAAUCGUGUAUCCAGCCAUUCCGGAAAAAUUACGGAACAGGAUUCACGUCCAUCUCCCGGGAUCGCAAGAGUUAUUCAAACAUGUGGAGAGAGAUCUGGUGCCUAACGAAAUGGGUGGUACCGGUGGUGCUUCACGAGACCUGAUGGGUGACUGUGCUCUGCCUGAUUUAGUCGCCUUGUGGCGGAUCACUGAAUCUCACCUGUGUAGUGGAUCAUCGUAUAUCCGUCGGAUCGAUUUGAAGCGGUGGCCUCAUGGAUCGGAUGGUAGCACUCAGGGACUGGUACAGGGAAGAAGACAAACACGUAGUGGACGAAACCAGAAGACCAGCAGACAGCCAGUAUGAUUACGAACUUUUCGGCGUGGACGGGUCCUUCAAAAAACUGCAGGUGGACUGACCGAAACGGUUUCUUCAUGUCAAUUUUCUUCGCGAUUCUUAUAGUACUGUGAUCAGCACUAGUCACGAGUAGAUAACCUCUUGAUUGAUUUUGCAUGUUUUAUAAGGUCCCAUACUGUGGUUUCAGGGGCUUCUGCAAUUCGAUUUGGUAUUGUGUUGAUAUUAUUUUAACUGCAUAUUUUCUUACUUGUUAAGAGUUCGGAGAAAUGAGCAUUUGUGAUUGUUAGCAUUAAAGUGAUGUUGUUAAAAGAACCAUACUGACUGAAAUUCAAUAUCCUGCUGCUAUAAACCACAUUUCCGAUUUUAAUUGUUCUGUACUGAAAAUAAACCUGAAAAAAGGUAUUGCUCAUAUAGUACUUAUUUUUUUAGUUUAGUUUGAGAUAGCAUGAGGGAUGUACCCUACAUGAGCUGUUUCAGUUGAACUACUAACAGAUGUAACUAUAGCGAACAUAUUGUGUAAUAUAAUGAUCAGAUAUAGUGAAAGAAUUGUAAAAACCGUGAGGGGCAUGGGUAGAGCCAAUGUUUGACAGUUCAUUGUCAUCUGAGUCAAAUACAUAUGUCAGCAGAGAGUGCUCGCCGGGAGAAUUUGGCUCUUUUGACGUGUCAGUGGGUGCUUGUUACAACAGAACACUAACUAAUGGGUCAUGGUCGGAUGUGUUUUAUGUGUGCAUCUCAAAAUGUUAAAUACUGUUGAAAAGACCAAUAUAACCUGAGUGUUCAGUUGUCAAAAUGGGAAAGAAGUGCUGUAAGAUCAAGACAGUACAGUAAAGAUAUCAACAGCCGGCACAGACACCAAAGUGUGCACAGCAUCAUAUUUAUCUACAUACUUGCUUGACGUAUUCUUAAUGUAUGAGUGGAUGUUAUUGUUUCAUCAAAUAUAACUUCCUCAAAGAUAA